AUGUCUUCCCUACGACUCGUUAGCCUCUCCGGUGUUAUGGAUAUCACCGACGAUGAAUGGCUCCUCCCACAUGAGUACGCCACGCGAAUGCGAUCCUUUCCACCAGUGAUUCUGGGUGCCCCUGAUCGCUACACGGGAUACCAGUCCUGGGUGGAACGUAUGGGCGGCGAGAUCCGUGUCGAGUUGAAUGUAACCUUCAACUUAACACCAGGAGAUCAGUCAGUCAAGGUGAAUUAUGAUACGAAGCUGUUUGAAGGUAUCAGUGAAAAUACCGACGAUCUAGACGGACGGCACAUUGGAAGCACUAUCAUUGAUAAAGAUGGAGCGGGUGAGAUCAAAUUCACAGUCAAGAAUACUGAUGAGGGUGGUGACAAGGCGGAUAUCCGCAUGUAUGUAGUGAAUGCAAGAUUUGAUCAAGGAGCGAGUGGACCACCUGCACGCUGA